AUGGAAACCAAGAAUUCUUCUGUGACAGAGUUCAUCCUUGCGGGCUUAACAGACCAGCCAGGACUCCGUAUCCCCCUCUUCUUUCUGUUUCUAGGUUUCUAUGUAGUCACCAUGGUGGGAAACCUGGGCUUGAUCACUCUGAUAGCUCUCAACUCCCACCUACACACGCCCAUGUACUUCUUCCUCUUCAAUCUUUCCUUAAUAGAUUUCUGUUACUCUUCUACCAUCACUCCCAAAAUGCUGAUGAGUUUUAUCUCAAAGAAGAACAUUAUCUCCCAUGGUGGGUGCCUGACUCAGCUAUUUUUCUUCUGCUUCUUUGUUGUCUCUGAGUCCUUCAUCCUGUCAGCGAUGGCAUAUGACCGGUAUGUGGCCAUCUGUAAUCCCCUGCUGUACACAGUCACCAUGUCUCCUCACCUGUGUUUUCUCCUUUUGCUGGGUGUCUACGGAAUGGGAUUUGCUGGAGCCAUGGCCCACACAGGAAGCAUAAUGAGUCUGACCUUCUGUGCUAACAACCUUGUGAAUCAUUUCAUGUGUGACAUACUUCCCCUCCUUGAGCUGUCCUGCAACAGCACCUAUGUAAAUGAAUUGGUGGUCUUCAUUGUGGUGGCCAUUGACAUAGGAAUGCCCAUCGCUGCCAUCUUUAUUUCUUAUGCCCUCAUCCUUUCUAGCAUUCUUCACAUGCAAUCCAGAGAGGGCAGGUCCAAAGCCUUCAGCACCUGCAGUUCCCAUAUCAUUGUGGUUUCUCUUUUCUUUGGUUCUGGAGCUUUUAUGUAUCUCAAGCCUCCUUCCAUUUUGCCUCUUGAUCAAGGGAAAGUGUCCUCUCUGUUUUAUACCAUUGUGGUACCCAUGUUAAAUCCAUUAAUCUAUAGCUUCAGGAAUAAGGAUGUCCAAGUUGCCCUGAAGAAAACUUUGGCAAGGAGGAGGUAA